AAUACACAGCCUGGCUCCUGCAGCAACUGCCAGGAUCAUAGACAGCUGCAAUCCAGGCAGUUUAAACUGUUAGGUGCUGCAGGCAAAAGUGACCAUGGCAUCUAGAUGGUUAAGGAGGGGGCUCCCUCAGUCAUCCCACUGAUUGUAGUACAUCAGAGCAUCAACUGUAAACUGGAAAUGGGGCAAUGUCCAUCAAAUGUGAUCACUGACAUCCUUAAUAACAUCCAAAAAGUCUUAAUAUAUGAUCCAGUUACCUUCUUCUUCAUAGCAGUUAAUAUCAUCUACAAACUAUUUGUAUGGGCCUACUUAUCCGAGAAGACCACAAGAAAGCAGACUAAUCUCCAGUUUAUGAACUGCAUAACCUGCAAAAACAAAGAAUGUCUUCGCUAUGUAGAACCAUCUUUGCGUCAAGGUCAAUCCCUUAACAUUCACAAUGUACAGACCAGUGGGGCUUUAAAAUCAGCAACAAUGAAAAGGUCCAUCAAAAAAUGUAUAUUAGGAAGAUCUGUACCACCAGAAAAUGUAUUUAAGGUGACCACUGGAGAUACCUUGACUUCUAAAUCAGCUGCGCUUAAUGUGAAAACAGAUGAAAUGAAAAAAAGCAAGAGCACUAAAGCCACAUCUACUUACAAGAGGACAAUUGAUGGUCAUUUAAAACUAAAUGAAACAAAGUUCAAAGAAAUUAACCAACUGCUUGUGCCACCAGUUUCCACCAAUUCCCAAGGAACCCAGGAAUCUGGGCAAAUGAUAAACAUGCCAGGACUUGAAAACCAAGAACAAACAAUUUCUUCACAAAAAUGGUCAGUCAUAAAUGUUUCAAAACUCAGAAUACAUUUCCUCAGAAAAUUUUUUGAAAAUUUAACAAUGACAUUCCCUGAAAUUGUUCAGAAGUCAGUGCAGAUGUAUAAUGAAAGUGCUAAAUUACCUACAAGAAAGGAAAGCAUCAAUGCCUCUAAAGAAAACAUCAAUAAUAAUGGGUCAGAACUCAUCCCAAGAACCAAGAAUGACACCCACGUCCUAAGUUUAGGACCCUUAUGUCUAAACGUACACUCUGACUUCUUAACUGUAAACAACCAAAUUCAAAGAUCUAAGAUGACCAUUCCAACUAUGGGAUAUUGCUUCAAUGAUAUAGCAAUAAAUGCACUAACGCCCAUUCAAGAGAGAAAUUACAAUACGGUAAUGUUAAAAACGAAUUUUAAAAGAUGGAAGAGACCCUACAAAGAGGAGACAGAUUUGCCAAUAGGUAACUUAUUACAUAUUGGAAUAAUAAAAAUUAUACAGACCUUAUCUCCUGAAGUCUGCAUAUAUAAGUCUUCUCAGCAAAUAAAGAAUAGUAUACCACUACAAUUAAAGAAAGAAACCGAUUUCCUAGAGCCUGGAAUAAAGAAAGAUGGGAAGGUUCCAAAAUCAAAAUUACAAACCCCAAAGACAAAAAAUAAAAUGGAGAUAAUAGAAAGCAAUAGGGUAAUUUUUUCAAAGGCUAUGAUGCCACCACAUGUCACCAGCGAUGACUAUUCCAACUCUCUGCAAGAACCAAAACUCAUAUAUAAUUCUAAAGUUGAUGGAAAUAUUCCUAUCACAAUGGUCCGAGAGAAUAUACAUUUAUGUCCAGAUGAAAACAUCUCAACACAGCUUUUCCAAUGGACAGACCCAAGGGAAACAUCUACAGCCAGGCUUCCUGAAGUGUUUACAUCUUUCAAAAGUUUCCUUCUGAAAACCAUGAAGCCACGUCAUCUGGUGAGAAGGCUGCACAGAUAAAGAACUACAAGAAAGAAGAGCCAAAUCUUUCCACCGGAACAUCCGUAGGAAUCAUUUUCUUCUUGUCACAUAUAUUUACUAUCAAUACAUCAAGGUUGCUUGGCUUAUUUUGCUUUUGAAUAAUUUUUUUGUUAUCUUAUGUUAGUGUGGGAGAGAACAAACAGUAGUAUAAUGUACUUGUCAGUUGUUGGAUGGAGAUUCUUUGGGCCUACCUGAAGAAUAAUUUUUAUGGCCAACCCUCCAUCGAUCCAUAUGAAGAUGAUCACCAUUAACACUUACUAAUACGGCUAUAUUGUU